UGGUUCUGGGGUUGUUCCACCAGUGGGGUGGGCAGGGGGUCCGGUUCCCAUUUUCCUUGGUUCCUGAGUGAAGCAUUUCCCCCUGUGAACCAUUUGGGAUCCAGGUGUGACCCGCACAGAUCUGGGCAGUGCUGGGCACUGUCCUCAGCUCUGCCAUAGGGCCAUCCUCCUGCAGCCACACGCAGCCAACCAGCCCAGCUCUCAGCCCCCAAUGCUCAGCAGCCUCUGCACUCCCCAAAACACUCUUGAGGUGUUUGCCCUUGGGUUGACAGCACAGGGCACAGCACAGUGUCAGUGCUGGAGCAAGUCCCGCUCUGCUAAACAUCCCCAUUUGGAAAGCUGGGACCAGCUCUUAUCACCCCGUGUCCCCCUGGUUUUGGGCUCCAACUCCUGAACACAUCCAGGUGAGCUGGGGCAAAGCAGAGCAGUGAUUUCCAGCCAUGUGGCCCCAAACCAGGCAGCCCAGAGCUCCUUCCAUCACUUUCUCCAGGUUCCUUGCCUUCAAGGAGCCCUGAUGUGGAGGAGCUCGUUUUGGGGAAGGAAGGGUUAAGUGGGAGCUCUGUGCUUUCCAGCUGGAUCCCAGCCUGCGGAUUACCUUCAGCCUGCAGAUCUGCUGCCUGGGGCCCGUGGUUGUGUCCCAGGGCUUCUCCCUUCCUCCUGCAGACACGAUGCUGGCCCCAACAUCAGGCUUGGCUGCAGACAUCUCUGCUCGAGUGGAAAAGCUGAGCCCUGUCUGCUUCCCUUGGUUCAAGCGCCCCCCAUUCCACACACUUUCCAUAAGCUAAACCCACACUGGGGUUUCCUCAGGAGCACCUCCUCCUUUAGAUCCCAUCCCACCAGCAGUUCCCAUGGGGAGCAGAAGCCCCACAAGUUCACUGUCUUCCAUGGGGAGAAGCUCUGGGUACAAGAGGGCAGGUGCUGGGCUCCCACCUCCUCCGUGGGGCUGCUCCACAUCCCAACAUCUCCUCCUCUUCCUCCCGUGGGGCUGAAGGACCCACUCCCCACCCCAGCAUCCCGGAGAGGAGCAGAAUGGACGCCCCAUGGCUGCAGCCAAAACCCAGUGCCAUGGUAUCGCUCUCACUUCUUGCAACCAGGAAUCUUUCUUUCUUUUCCCUGUUUCCUCCACCUUUGCUCUUUGUUGGACAUUUUCCCCAUCAGUGUUGAACAACUGGCAUUAAUCAGAGCCCAACCCACGCCAGGUGCCUCAGGCUGAUGGCAAGCUAGUCCCAAAGCAAUUACAGGCAUGAGAAAAUCCCAAAUCUCCCAGCAUCUCCCAGCUUGGUCAUGUGCAGGGUGUGAGAGGCAACCCGUGCACACUCAGCUCAUGAUGACACCAAAUCAUCCCAGAAAACAAAACUGCUGUCAGCACGGACGUGUCAGCGGGGUCAGCAGCUCGGAGAGGAAGAUAGGAAAUGACAGAGAGGUGAGAAGGACGCCAAACCUUUUCCUCGUGGAACUGCUCAGCUGUGUGCCAAGGGGUGCUGUGGGGUGUGUGGGCAGGAUGGGUGCUGCUGGAGGGGUCACAGAUUGCAUCCACUGGGCUGGGUGCUGCUCAGAGCAGGGACGUCUGCUUGGGGUUUGCAGGGGGGGGUCGUGGAUCCUGCUGGUGGUGAUGAAGAGGGGAUGGGCAGAAAGAAAAUGCAGCUCCCAGGGCUGCGUGCAGGGCUUGUGGUGGGGCUCUCUGGGGAAGCACAGGCAGGGGGAUGCGGGGAUGCAGCACCCAGUGACACCAAUACCCACCCUGAUCCCCCAUGGAGGUGAGGACCCUCCCCCCAUCCCCCCAAGAUGCUUUCCCUUUGCUCCACAACCGUCACCCUGGGGAGGUGCAGACAGAGAAGUGGAGCAAUCCCAGGAGCUGGAAUUACCAGCCCUCCUCCCACUUUGGGCAGGCUGUAAUUAGGACGCACACAUAACGAGUUCUGGUGAAGUUGGGGUGCAGCCUGCAGUGAGGUCCUGGGUUUCACCAGGCUCCUCCCUCAGCUCUGGGGACCCGCAUAUAGCAGAGAGAGCUCAGCAGCACCCACAUCACUGCCAGAGAGCUGAGAUGCUGCGAAGCACCGGGGUGAUGAAGGCCUUCAUCCUCUUCCUCGGGGUGGGAAUGGCCUUGGGCUCCCUGUACACGGACCCCGACUCCUGCAGGGGACGCUGCGAGGAACCCUACAGCCACGAAGAUGAGUGCCACUGUGACGCCGACUGCCAGAGCCGCAACAGCUGCUGCUGGGAUUACCUGGAGCACUGCGGGGCGGGUGAGGAAGCGGUGCACAGACGUGCUGAAGAGCACUUCUCCAGCAGCCACGAUGCCAUCAGCGAUGAGGAGCUGCUCCACGUUUCCGAGCAGCUCUAUGGGGCGGAUCACAACAAGGCUCAACCCAACGACAUCGCCAUCAACCCACAGCACCGGGCUGCCCCCGACCAAACGGGGCUCCAGAAGGAUCUCUCCCCCGAGCCGCUCUAUGCAUACGUCAACGAGAAGCUCUUCUCCAAACCCACCUACGCCAGCUUCAUCCGUUUGCUGGACAACUACCAGCGGGCAACGGGCCGUGAGGAGGAGGUGACGGCCGAGGAGCUGCAGGAGCAGAACGUCUUCCUCCAGGAGGUGAUGAAGACAGAGCUCAUGAAGAAACUUUUUGCUUUCCUCCAUAAAAAAAAUCGUUACGGCUCCGAGGAGGAAUUCCUGCAGGAUCUGAAGGAGAUGUGGUUUGGGCUCUACUCCCGAGGUGAUGGAGAGAAGGACUCCAGCGGCUUCGAGCACGUCUUCUCAGGGGAGAUUAAAAAAGGGAAAGUGAGUGGAUUUCACAACUGGAUCCGCUUCUACCUCCUGGAAAAGCAGGGACUGGUCAACUACUUCAGCCACAACUUUGAUGGGCCGUGGGACGCCUACCCUGAUGUACUGGGGCUGCAGUUCAGCUGGGACGGCUUCUACAAGGAGGUGGGCUCUGCAUUCAUUGGCUGCAGCCCCGAGUUUGAGUUUGGCAUCUACACGUUGUGCUUCAUUGCUCGACCUGGGAGGGCAUGUCACCUGAGCUUGGGUGGCCAUGGCGUCAGCAUCCAGACCUACACCUGGACCAAGUCCACCUACGGCCACGGCAAGAAAUACAUCGCUACUGCCUACAUCAUCUCACCCUGAGCCCACCCACAUCCCGGCCAGGAGGAAUGGGGCUUCUGCAGCCCCUCUGCUCCGGGGCCAUGGGCUGCCCCACAGUACGGCCCCCCAUAUGGGGCAGGACUGGUCCUGCCCUGGGAGACGGAUGGCCACAGGACUGGUGUGGAGCAGGGCAGCCCAUGUGGAGGCUGUGGGGGGAUGGAGGUGGCAGCCCCGGUGCCAUCGAGUGUGGCAUUGCCUGCUGGCAGCAGGAGAGCCGGGGGGCUGUGAGGGAUUUGCAGUGGACAGAAGCAACCUCAAGUGGAA